CUACUUUGUAGUGGUACUGAUAAGAUUUACUCGAAACUCUUAUCACAUCCUUACCGAGUGUGUGUUUAGUGUGAUUCCGGAUGAUACGCAUUCAUCGGUCUAAUGUGCUUCACUAAAUGUAUAAAUUUCUGUUUUAAUCGCCACAUGUGUGACCUAGUUUAAACAAAAAAAACUGAAACACACACACGCACCCAGAAAAAUAACAAUGAAAUUUACAUAUAAACGCGUCCCCCCACCAUCCCAACUUGAUGUGAUUGUGCCCAUGCAUAAUAAUUAAUAACGAAAACGAGGAAGAAUUAAACAAAAAUAAAAAUAUCAAUUAAUUUGUGAACACACGGGGGAAUAUGUUUAAACUUUCGUGCAUUUAAUGUGAAAUUUUCAAGGAAGUAAUAUAAAAAGGUCUUACAACAAAUCAACACCAGCAUCGUUUCUUGGCUUGUUUAUAAGCAACGAGGUGUAAAAAGGAAAAUCAACCAGAAAGAGAGAAACUUGGAAGUUAACUGCGCAAUCGCAGCGCAGUUGCUGGGCAACUCGCUUCCUUGGGAAGCCAUCAACUGGGAGAGCAACUGGAGCAGAGGAUUCCCCCUCGGCAACACCAGAAACAACAACAUGACCGAGAACCAGUUGUACCCCAUGUCAUCGGAAUUCUUUGACACCGGUUCCAAUAGCAGCAGCACCACACUCAAGUACGAUCUUUACUCGCUGGGCUCCACUGUUGUGGGUGCUCUGCCUACGUUGACUAUCAAUACGGGCUACGGCAACUCCACUAACAACAACAACAACAAUAACAGCAGCCACAGUAGUAGCAGCAGCAGCAACUGUUCCACAAGUACCACCAACACCUGUAAUGUAAUGCUGAGUACAACGGCCAUAACAAUACCACGCAGCAACAACCACCAUCAUCCGUACCAGCAGCAGCAUCAUCCCAGUCCGCUCCUCUCCUUGCCCAGCAUGAUCCACCAGCAGCAUCAUCCCCAGCAGCAGCAGCAACAGCAACAACAGCAGCAGCAACAUCAGCAGCAGCCCCAGGAGCAGCUGCAACACCCACACUUGGCGCUGGGCGAGCUCUCGGACUUUGGGCUCGAUGCCUUGGAUGCGACUUCCUUGUCGCCCACUCUUCUCCAGGACGUGAGCCUCAGCGCAGCUUCGCCAUUGAACACCACAUUGUACAAUGGGAACAGCAGCAAUGCCAGUGCUGGAGGAGGUGAUGGGGGCUCUGUGGUGGGGGACAGUGGUUUGGGUGGAGGGUUCUUCGCUCCGGACAUGUCUCACAGCCUGAGCCUGAACGUCGUCACCGAGCAGGUGAUGGGGAACGAGCUGCUCUACGAGAUGACGCCCAACUCGAAUGCCAUGUGGAGCGACAUCAGCAGUGCCAUUAUUCAAACCAAACACGAGCCAUUCAGCCUGGACGACGACUACAUCUUUCCCAACGACAAGGCCGAGAUCCAGGCGGCCGAUCUGUCCGAUCUGAACGGCGGUGACUUCCUGGACGUCAUCGGGAGCAUUGAGGACUUUUUGCCCCAAACCGCUGUCUCUCAGAGUGUCAACUUCCUGCUCUCGCCGCAGGCCCAGGGUCAGAACAACCUUGUGGCGCCUCCCAUGGAGCUGCUGCAGCAACAGAACCAGAAUCAGACGAAUCAGCUGCAGGUUGGAAGCCUUCCGCAGCUGGAGACGCUCCUGACACUCACCCAACAGCAGCAGAACGGUUCCUUGACUAGUCCAUAUGAGAUCUACCACAGCACGCCCCAAAAGCCGCAACAGCAGCAGCUGUCCGCCAGCUUUUCGCCCGGCAGCCAGGCCUCCCAGUCGCCCUUGACGCCCCCGCCUCCGCCGCAUGCCAAUCGUCCGCCGUACCAGCAGGUCAAGUCGCGCAACAUGCAGGAGCUGAUCAAGAAGGGCUUCCCCAUGUCCUCGCCCACAGACCGCUCCAUUCUCAGCCAGUCGGCGGCCCUCAGCCCGGGCGGAAGCAGUGGCUUUGGCAGCUCGGCCUCCGGAAACAGCACGGUUGGCAGCUCCCAGACCCCGGGAGGAGCAGCUCGCAAGUCAUUUGGUUUUCAGGGCGCCGCCGACAGCUCGCAGUUGAGCCGGCUGAGCUCCUCAGCUCCCACGCACCUGGGACUCGAACACAUCUGGAUGCGCCGGGAGCCGCGACAGCAUUUACUCUCCACCGGCUCGCUGGCCGAGGCCGAGAGCUUCUCGUCGCUGAGCACAGGCAGUGUCCUGUCGCCCGAUGGCGUCGAUUUCUCGCAGGACGACGAAGAUGACAACUCCAGCGAGAACAGCGACAACUACGAUGACUUCAGCAGCGACAAUGGUGGCUCUGGCGACGAGGAUGAGACACGUACCUCGACGCCGAACCACUUGUCGGGCAGCAAGGGCAAGGAGCGCUUCUUCUGGCAGUACAAUGUCCAAGCCAAGGGUCCCAAGGGCAAGAGGCUGGUCUUCCAGUCGAAGCUCGAGGAUCCCCAUGUGCUAAAUGAGGUGACCGAUCCGGUCUUCAGUCCCACUUGCUCCGUUAGGGGUAUCAAGGUGUAUAAGCACAGCGGAAAGGCCCGCAAGGGCGACGGCAACGACCUGACCCCCAACGCCAAAAAGCUGCACGCCAUUGGCAAGGAGCUGGACAAGCUAAGCCGCACAAUUAACGACAUGACACCCGUCUCCGAGCUGCCCUUCAACGUUCGUCCCAAGUCGCGCAAGGAGAAGAACAAGCUGGCCUCGCGCGCCUGUCGCUUGAAGAAGAAGGCCCAGCACGAGGCGAACAAAAUCAAGCUCUAUGGCCUUGAAAUAGAACACAAGCGCCUGAUGAGCGGCAUUGCCGAGUUAAAGCAGGCUCUGGCCCUGAAGCAUCGUACCAAAAGCUUGGGAGAGUCCACCGAGGAAGUGGAUCAACAAAUUGCACGCAUUUAUGCCACCGCAUCAUCUGGAAUUCGCAUUGCGGGAGGUUCUACGGAUUUCGUGAACAAGGUGCUGGAGAACAUGAGGGGCGGCAUGCCAAACGGAGGCCUAGAGGAGCUGCGUAAAUCAUCAUAGACCAAAAAGAAAAUAUAUAAAGCUAAGGAACCGCCCAUCAAGAUUAGUGUUAUCCAGUCUACAUAGAAACCAGAUACAGAAAAUCAACCUGAAACCUGAAACCUGAUUCAGUGGCAGAAUGACUUUGGAUUUGGAAUGAGAUCAGUAGUUUGGCGAAAACCACGUUCUGUUAUUAUAAAUUGUUCUGCAUGAGUGAUAUGAUAUCGAUAACCGAGAUAUAACUGUGAUUUAAUGAGCCUGGGCUUAGUAUGUUUUGUAUGGCAGGAAAUAGAGGAAAUAUUUUUUAAUUUUCACACUACCACACUGAAAACCUUCAAACCAGAGCAAAAAAACAAAAAACAA